AUGUCGUGGAAUUUAACCAAAAAGCUUAAGGAAACGCACCUAGCGCCUCUUGCAAAUACGUUUAGCCGGUCCUCUACUGGCUCUUCUCCCAAGGGAGAUGCUUCAACUGAGGAUGGAGCGCCUCUUAGCAAAACUCCAACUGCGUCUUCCUCCACAAGUUCUAACGGCAUAGCUGCUUCAGAUGCAACCACCAAUUCGCCUACCCAGUCGUUAAAGCCUGGAAUUCUGAUUGUGACCCUCCACGAAGGAAAAGGCUUCUCACUGUCUCCUCACUACGAACAUGUUUUCAAUUCUCACUAUCAAGGCUCCAGCGGUUCAUACUCUGCUUCGAUGAGGCCAAGCUCCUCUCAUGCGUCACAUAUUCCGAAUUCGUUCACUCAUGCUAUGAGACCUCAAUCUACAAGUGGGGGAAUAAAUGCUGCUCCGACAAACCAUGGACGAUACUCCGCAAAACAUCUGCCAUAUGCACUCCUGGAUUUUGAUAAACUGCAGGUCUUUGUUGAUUCUGUUUCAGGGACUCCAGAAAACCCGCUGUGGGCUGGUGACAACACCUCUUUCAAGUUUGAUGUUUCUCGAGUUACGGAUUUGAACGUUCAGGUGUAUAUUCGGAACCCCGCUGCACGCCCUGGGAGUGGACGCAGCGACGAUAUUUUCCUCGGAGCUUGUAAAAUUAACCCCCGCUUUGAAGAGCCCCGUCGGUUUGUCGAAGAUCCUAAAGCCAGCAAAAAGGAGCGUGAAAAAGCUGCUGCAGCUUUUGCGCAAAAGGAGAAACAACUGGGACAGUUGGGCUCUGAGUGGAUUGACUUACAGUUUGGCACUGGAAGUAUCAAAAUUGGAGUUUCAUUUGUGGAAAACCGUCAGCGUAGCCUGACAAUGGCUGACUUCGAGCUCCUGAAGGUUGUCGGGAGAGGCAGCUUCGGGAAAGUUAUGCAAGUUAUGAAGCGUGACACUAAGCGAAUUUAUGCGAUGAAGACUAUCCGAAAGGCCCAUAUCAUAUCUCGCUCCGAAGUAGAGCAUACAUUGGCCGAACGAUCUGUUCUGUCACAAAUUAGCAACCCGUUUAUUGUUCCACUCAAGUUCUCUUUCCAGUCUCCGGAAAAACUGUAUCUUGUUCUGGCAUUUGUUAACGGUGGCGAGCUUUUCCAUCAUCUCCAACGGGAACAACGAUUCGAUAUCAACAGAGCUCGGUUCUACACAGCAGAAUUGCUUUGCGCAUUGGAGUGUUUACAUGGGUUCAAAGUGAUCUACAGAGAUUUGAAACCCGAAAAUAUCCUCUUAGAUUAUAGCGGUCAUAUCGCUUUAUGUGACUUUGGCCUCUGCAAGCUUGGCAUGAAAGACGAGGAUCGCACGAACACGUUUUGCGGUACCCCAGAGUACCUUGCUCCAGAACUACUCCUUGGUCACGGGUAUACAAAAACUGUUGAUUGGUGGACCUUAGGAGUCCUCCUUUAUGAAAUGUUAACAGGUCUUCCCCCAUUCUAUGACGAGGACACAAAUGAAAUGUAUCGAAAAAUUUUACAUGACCCUCUCACAUUCCCCAAUCAGGAAGUUGUCCCAGCGGCUGCGAGAGAUCUUCUGUCUCGCCUUCUUGACAGAGACCCCCACCGUCGCCUUGGUGCUGGCGGUGCUGGCGAAAUCAAAGGCCAUCAUUUCUUUGCAAACAUUGACUGGCGCAAGUUGCUGCAGCGUAAAUAUGAGCCUAGUUUCCGCCCUAACGUGGCGGAUGCCCGUGACACUGCAAACUUUGAUAUCGAAUUCACAUCAGAAGUUCCGGUUGACUCUUACGAGGAAGGGUCUGGACUUUCUCGAACCAUGCAAAAGCCAUUUGAAGGGUGGUCUUACAAUCGCCCAGUUGCAGGUUUAAACGACGGAGGUGGCAGUGUCAGAGACCCUGCUUUUGGCAGCAUCCCUGAAUAA